AUGUAUAAUUCAAUCAUCAUUUGGGUAAAAUUUGUUUUGUUGUUCGUGAAUACAUUGGGUUCAGAAAAUGAACUAAAAGCACCUCGUAUUAUUGAACAUCCAAUGGAUGUAACAGUUCCAAAGCAUGAUCCUGUAACAUUAAAUUGUAAAGUUGAAGGACAUCCAAAACCAGAAGUAAUUUGGUAUAAAAAUGGCGAAGUGUUGAAAGUUGAUCCGAAUUCACACAAAAUAUUAUUACCAGCUGGAGAAUUAUUUUUCCUAAGAGUAACCCAUUCAAAACGUGAGAGUGAUGGGGGUGUUUAUUGGUGUGAAGCUAAAAAUGAAUUUGGAGUUGCUAGAAGCCGUAAUGCUACGCUGCAAGUUGCAUUUUUAAGAGAUGAUUUUCGUUUAGAGCCUCAAAAUACUGCAAUUGCACAAGGGGAAACUGCGUUUAUGGAAUGUGGUCCACCACGCGGUUCUCCAGAACCUAUCAUAAUGUGGCGUAAAAAUGGUCAAUUAAUGAAUUUAAAUUCUUCAAAACGUAUACAAAUAGUUGAUGGUGGAAAUUUAGCAAUCCAAGAUGUUCGCCAAUCUGAUGAUGGGCGUUAUCAGUGUAUAGUUAAAAAUAUUGCUGGAAUUAGAGAAUCUUCGAUAGCAAUAUUAAAGGUUCAUAUUAAACCAUUCUUAAUUCAGGGCCCAAAAAGUCAAUCUGCAAUUGUUGGUAGCUCAGUAAUAUUUAGUUGCAGAGUUGGUGGUGAUCCAUUACCUGAUAUACUCUGGAGACGUUCAGCUACCGGGGGUAAUAUGCCAUUACGUAGAGUAACACUUCUUGAAGAUCGAAGUUUAAAAUUAGAAAAUGUGACACUUGAUGAUGUUGGAGAGUACAGUUGUGAAGCUGAAAAUGCAGUAGGUUCUGUAAUAACCACUGGAUCUUUAUUUGUAUUUUCACCACCAUCUGUCGCAAUUCGACCCAAAGCAGUGGCUGUUAACGUUGGAAAUAGUGCUUACUUUGAAUGUCAAAUAAAUGGGUUUCCAAGGCCAAGCACAUUUUGGUCAUUUGAGGGAAGCAGUUCCCUAUAUUUUCCAAAUUACGAAAACGAUAGCAUUAAGGUCACUCAAAACCCGGAGGGAAAAAUAUCUUUAUUAUUUAACAAAGUAAAAGCAUCAGAUACCGGAAAAGUUAUUGUCUGUAAUGGUGUCAAUAUUGUGAAAAGUGUCAGUAUCCGCACUGUUUUGUCGGUAAAUUCUUCAAGUGAUGUUCCUCCAGCAGUGAUAGUCCAAGGACCAUCUAACCAAACUUUACCAUUAAAAUCGUUUGCUUUAAUGUCAUGCUUAACAAUUGGAGCACCAGCACCCGAGAUAUCAUGGCUAAAAAAUGGUUCAAUAUUUUUGUAUAACAAUAGAACUGAAAUAACCGAAAAUGGAAGCUUAGUAAUAAACGAUUUAACAAAAUCGGAUGCUGGACUCUAUACUUGCGUUGCUGAAAAUGAGAAUGGGAAAUCUUAUUAUAGUGGUUAUUUAAGAGUAGAACUACCUACAGAUCCAAACAUAAAAUUUGUGAGAGCACCAAAAACUAAUUUGUUACCAUCACAGCCAGGAAAACCGCAAAUGAUAUCUAGAUCCUAUAACAAUGUUACUUUAACGUGGAGUGAAAGUACAAUGUUAAGUAACACAGAAAAAAUUUUGUAUUCAGUAGAAUAUUUCAGUAAAAAUCAGACAGAAGGAACUUGGUCUGUUAUUGAAGAAUAUAAUGAAAACAAUUUUUUUACCCAUAGUGGAUUAAAACCUGGUCUAAAUUAUUUUUAUUUAGUUCGUGCAAGAAACUCUUUCGGAUUUUCUUUACCCAGUCCGAUUUCCGAUUCAAUAUCAAUUGAAAGCUCAAAUUUAUACAACGAUGUGAAUUUAGGUGAAGUUAGAGCUAACCUGUUAACUGAUGAUAUGAUAUUCUUAACAAACGCGUCUUCACCAGAUUCAAAUACUAUGAAAUUAAAUUGGAAAAUCAAUAACAGAAAUUACAUAGAAGGAUUUUAUAUAUAUGCUAGAGAAUUACCAGAUCAACUCGAAAAUUAUUUAAAUUCCUCCAUUCAAGAGACCAUUAAUAUUGCUAAUAAUAAUUCCUAUAAAAUGUUGACCUUAUUAAAUGCCGGUGUUGCGUCAUCAUGUGCUUUUACGGGACUUAAAAAAUACACAAAUUAUGAAUUUUUCAUUAUACCAUUUUAUAAAAAUUUUGAAGGAAUUCCCUCAAAUUCAAUAGUUGAGAGAACUUUAGAAGAUAUUCCCAGUGAACCACCAUACGAAUUGGAAGCACUUCUUUUAAAUACUUCUGCCGUAUUUUUAAAAUGGAAACCACCAAAUUUACAAUCACAAAAUGGGCUUUUAUUGUAUUAUAAUAUAAUCGUACGGGGAGUGGAUUUCUAUUUGAAUAUAUCGAAAAUACUUACUAAUGUGACAAUUAAUGCCAAAUCACCAACUUUAGUAUUAGCAAAUUUAACCGAAGGGGUAACGUAUACCGUUAGUAUAGCAGCAGGCAAUAAAGCAGGUAUUGGACCAUACAGUUUUCCCGCCGAAUUGCGUUUAGAUCCUGUAACAAAAACCUUAAAAUCUUUAACAACACAAAGAUAUCCUGUAGACCACAACCAUAUGAAUGAUAUCUUAACGCAACCAUGGUUUAUCGCACUAUUAGGUGUUAUUUUAGCAACAAUGGUAAUGUCAUUUGGUGCAAUGGUAUUUGCUAAACGAAAACACAUGAUAAUAAAGAGAUCAACUUUAAGAUCUUUACCAGGCGCACAUCCAAACAGCGUCAUGAAGAUGGCAAAUAUUUCUGAUCCCAUAAACGGAUAUAUGUUUCCUCCGUCAGGUGAUGGACCAUGGCAUGCCCAAAUGUUAACAACAGAAAUUCACAAAGGUGCUACAAUUAAUCAAUAUUAUUCACCAAGUAUAGGUGCCACAAUGCCUGCUGAAUUUUUAAAAUCGCGUUAUAUAUGUGAUCCAUCAAAUGUAAAUGCUGAAUAUGCUGAAGUCACUUUAUGUAAUUCCGCAAAUUAUGUAGGCAAUCAAAGUUUAAAUAACGUAGCACCAUACGCUACAUCAUCAUUUCAUUCAAAUCAAAAUUCUGUUAAUAAUAUUUACCAAACUGUAGGCGAUAGUUCACGUUUUUGUGACGAAAAAUCAAACUACAUGGAAAAUUAUGUAUAUCCAACUGAGAAAUUUCGAAUUACCGAAAAUAAAAUGAAUAAUAUUGAACAUAGUUUUAAGCCAAUAACAUCUUUUAACUCAUUGGGCAGUAGCUUAUCUAGUCAUCAUCAACAAUUAAAACAUCACCAACAAUUACAAAAUAAACCACAUUCAUAUAAUACAAGUUCUUUAAGGCAAACAUCAUCAGUUGCUGGAAAUAGUGGUAAAUUUCGUAAAAAGGAACUAAAUAUAAAUAGCGAACAACAACAGCAACAGCAACAAUCACAGGACAAUGCUCAAAAUGAACAGCUACAAUCAGGUCAUUCUGAAAAUAUUUUAGACAGCAACUCAUAUUUUGUAAAAUUAAGUCACAAUUCUGUAAAUACUACGUCACAACCAUCGUCAAAUCAUCACACAUAUUCAAAUAAAUCAAUAAAAGGUAAUCAAAAAGAUGUUACUGCACAACCAAUGCUUUAUAGAAAAAAAUAUAAUAGUAAUAAUAAACAACGAGAAAAUAAUACAAUGGAUGAUUCAAUAAGUGAUGAAUACUCAGAUAAAGAUCCAGAUAGAACAAAUAAAUCAGCCAAACAAUGCCAGUUGUAA